CGACAAUAUUGAAGACGAUAUCAUCGCUGAUUUUGCACAUCACCAAACCUCGAAGGCGUUAUGGGACAGCCUUACAGUGACCGAAGAAUCAAUGGGCUGUGGAUCAAUAUCGAUCGCUGCCAGAAGCAGCGAAUCACGUGUUUCGACAAAGGCGUCGACCAAUUCCGGGAAUUCUCCAACGGCAAGCGGUUGAUCAAAUUCCUGACAGGUUUGAAUCAAGAAUAUGAUUCAAUCAGAAGAGACAUUCUCAAGGACGAAUUAUCCCCAUCAGUUGAAGCAGCCUACGGAUGGAUGAAGAAGGAGGCUACCCGAAGAAGCAUCAAUUCGUCCUCUCCACCCACCAGAGAUGCUCACGGUAGAGGAGCCGAUUCAUCAUCUGGGGGAGGGAUCAGGUACGGGCUCGCCGUUCAGAGCCAACGCCCGAACCAUCGCGGGCCACCACGACCCACCGCAGCCGCGCACCGACCGGGAGACAGGCCGGACAAAUCCCAAUUGGUCUGCUCUCACUGUGCGGGAAACUGA